GCGCCGCCGCUCGUGGGGCGCGUCACUUCCGGUGUCCUUCUUUCGCUGGAGUGCGGCGUGGUGGCGGCCGAGGGUGACAAUGUCUCAGAGUCUGAAGGACUUCGCUGGGCGUUUGCCAGCUGGCCCUCGUGGUAUGGGCACUGCCUUGAAGCUGCUGUUGGGUGCUGGUGCUGUAGCCUAUGGUAUCCGUGAGUCUGUCUUUACUGUGGAGGGUGGCCAGAGAGCAAUAUUCUUCAACCGCAUUGGCGGAGUUCAGCAGGACACAAUUCUUUCUGAGGGACUGCAUUUCAGAAUUCCCUGGUUCCAGUAUCCAAUAAUUUAUGAUAUUCGCGCUCGGCCACGCAAAAUCUCCUCACCAACAGGAUCCAAAGAUCUGCAGAUGGUGAACAUCUCCUUGCGUGUUCUGUCACGGCCCAACGCUACAGAAUUGCCCAGCUUAUACCAGCGUCUUGGUCUUGACUAUGAAGAACGAGUCUUGCCUUCCAUUGUCAAUGAAGUACUCAAGAGUGUGGUGGCAAAGUUCAACGCCUCACAACUCAUAACCCAACGAGCUCAGGUAUCUCUGCUUAUCCGUCGGGAGUUGACAGAGCGAGCAAAGGAUUUUAGCCUUAUUCUUGAUGAUGUUGCUAUCACGGAGUUGAGCUUCAGCCGGGAGUACACAGCAGCCGUUGAGGCCAAACAAGUUGCCCAGCAAGAGGCACAGCGAGCUCAGUUCCUGGUGGAGAAGGCAAAGCAGGAGCAAAGGCAAAAGAUUGUUCAAGCCGAAGGGGAAGCAACAGCUGCCAAGAUGAUUGGUGACGCUCUCAGCAAGAACCCAGGUUACAUAAAGCUGCGCAAGAUCCGUGCUGCCCAGAACAUUUCCAAGACGAUUGCUGCAUCUCAGAACCGUGUGUAUCUCACAGCAGACAAUUUAGUGCUGAAUCUACAGGAUGAAGGUUUUACUAGAGGAAGUGACAGCCUCCUGAUCAAACAGCUGAAGAAAUGAAGCUAGGGUUGCCUCCUAGAACGAUCCAAGUGACUGGCUGCCUGGCUGCCAUUGUGGGAGGACUGUGGACAGCAUUGGUAGUGCCCUGCCCAGCUCUCCUGCCCAUGUGUAUUCUCCUUGGCCCGCUUCAGUUAUCUUCACUUCUGUCAUCUUCCCACCUCACUGCUAAUAAGUCCUUUCUGGCCAUGCUGGCCCGUUUCAAGAACUGCCAGCGACGGGAACCAGCUCUAGAAUCAACGUCGUGAUGAAAUGGAGAUUCGGCUCUUGCCCCAUUAGGCACUGACCCCGUCUCUCUCAGCCUGAAGGAGCGGGCAAGCAGAGAGAGGCUGUAUUAUGCUGUCAGCAAUUCUGUUUGCUGCUCGCCUCUUCCUUCGGGACUUUGUGAGCCAUUGCUCAUCUCUCACUUCAUUGGGUGUCUGCUCUCUGCCCCCUCCCCUGUCCUGUGUUGAGCACCUAAUCUCAGGAACAGAUGGGUCAUGGGCUACUGCAAGUGCUGUGAUUGCCAUUCAUCUAAGUUCUAUCUCCUUGUGAUUCGCAUCUUUAUAAAAAUAAAUCAGGUCCUAAACUCUUCCA